AUGGGUUGUUUUGGAUCGAAAUAUGGAAAUGAGCGUGCUCUUGCACACGAAGAACCCAAAGUGUACAGUUGGGAUCGACGAGAACGCGUAGACCCUAAAGAUUAUACCUUGCAAAAUCUAUCGGGCGAAACUGUUGGUCGACUCCCAGGCGAAGUAAAAGGGCAGCAGUUUAUCAUUGAUAACUGCAAGGACUGUAAUAUUUAUAUAUUCGAUCAUUCAGCAACUAUUACUGUUGACGACUGUACUAAUUGUCGUAUUUUUCUCGGACCUAUUCAAGGAAGCGUCUUUAUUCGUGAUUGCACUGAUUGCCAGAUUGCCCUUGCAUGUCAGCAAUUCAGGACUCGAGACUGUAAGAAAUUGGAUAUUUUCUUACACUGUGUUACGCAGCCAAUCAUAGAAGCAACAACUGCAAUUCGAUUUGGUUGUUUUCAAUACUAUUAUAAAGAAUUGAAAGAUCAGUUUGCUGCUGCCAAGCUAAGUGUAUUUAGUAAUAAUUGGAGCAAUAUACACGAUUUUACCCCUGUUGCUGGUGAAAACAAUUGGAUGUUAAUACCUGAGAACCCAGCUGUAGAUGAUUAUUUACCACGUCCGUCGUCCGAUAAAUUUAUGACUAUGGAUAUCUCGACCACAAUUAAAGAUAGUGUUGUACCAAUUACUACGGGAUGCAGAAGAAAGUUAUCUUCAAACUCUUGUUUAGUAGCAUUCUUUGCCGAUGCUAUUGCCAGUGAUGCUCCUUUGAAAUAUGUAAAGCAACUGCAGCAAGAGACCAACUGUACUGUCGUACAAACAAAGCAAUUAUCUAUGAAACCAGAAGACUCUAUGCGCGUUUUUUAUACCGAACGUUAUAAUGAUGAAGUCUUAAAAGGGGAUAUUAUCGGCGUAGAGGUCAACGGAGACAACGUUUUGGAAUUGAGUAGGCAAUUAUUAGAAAGGUGCUGUAUGGGUAACUUGUAUUACUUAUCGGAUAGUGCAAGUGCAGGAAAUCAAGAUAUUGAUGCGUUCUUUAAUUUCAAUGACGUUGGCAUGGGUGGCCUAUAA